AUGGGCAAAUUAAGCAACAUCCCACAGCCCCCGGGGGUUCCCCUCUUGGGGAAUCUCUUCGAUAUUGACAUGGAACUUCCUCUGCAGUCGCUGUACGAUCUAGCAGACAAACAUGGCGAGAUCUAUCGGAUGCGCUUUCCAGGCCAUACCUUCAUUAUCGCUUGCAGCUAUGACAUGGUAAACGAGUUCUGCGACGAAAAGCGUUUCCCAAAGACCAUUUUUGCCCUCAAGGAAAUGAGACAUGCGAUGCACGAUGGACUCUUCACGGCCAUCGAUGGCGAGACAGAGCCGGCCUGGGCCAUCGCGCACAGAAUCCUCGUCCCUGCAUUCGGACCCUCAUCCCUUCGACUGAUGUUUGACGGAAUGUACGACGUUGCAAGCCAGCUGGCCCUGAAAUGGGCACGAUACGGACGAGAAUCCAUCACCGUGACUGACGACUUCACGCGACUGACUCUGGACACGAUCGCACUGUGCUCGAUGGACUUUCGAUUCAACAGUUACUACAAGGACGGGGUGCACCCGUUUGUUGAGGCCAUGGGGGACUUCCUGACUGAGAGCGGUGAUAGAGCGAGACGAUUGCCCAUUCCCUCGUUCUUUUAUCGUGGUAAGGACAAGAAGUUCUUUGGGGAUAUCGAGGUGAUGAGACAGACAGCGAACGAGAUCCUACAGGAGCGCAAGAUAGAGAAGAAUCUGGACACACGCAAGGACCUGCUCUCUGCCAUGUUGAAUGGAGUAGACCCAAAGACGGGCCUCAAGAUGACUGAGGAGAGUAUUCUCGAUAACUUGAUUACGUUCCUUAUUGCCGGCCACGAGACGACGUCGGGUAUGCUUUCGUUCGCCAUGUACCAUCUGAUGAAGCACCCAGACGCGUAUCGCAAGGCACAGCAGGAGGUGGAUGAAGUCUGUGGCAAGACGCCGAUUAGGUUCGAGCAUCUAUCCAAACUCUCGUAUAUCUCAGCUGUACUUAGAGAGACGCUGCGUCUCACACCGCCGCUCCCUGUGUUCAACGUUGCACCCAAGCAGGAUGAAGUAGUAGGAGGCCAAUACGUCGUCAAAGAAGGCGAGCUGAUCAUCGUCUUGGUAGGGUCGUCGCAUCUGGACCCGAAGGUGUACGGGGCCGACGUCAAGGAGUUCAAGCCGGAGCGCAUGCUGGACGCCAACUUCGACCGCCUCAAUAAAGAAUUCCCGAAUUCCUGGAAGCCGUUUGGAAAUGGGACGCGUGGCUGCAUUGGCCGGCCGUUUGCAUGGCAGGAAGCGUUGCUCGUCAUCGCGAUGUUGCUGCAGAACUUCGACUUCGAGUUUGACGAUCCAAACUACACGCUCAGUCUGAAACAGACACUGACAGUGAAGCCGGCAAACUUCAAGGUUAGAGCAACUCCUCGUGAUGGGCUGCGAGCAACAGAGUUAGGGCAUAGGCUGGCUGGCACGACGGCAGUGAAGUCGAGCCCAACAGCCAGGAAUGGCCCUACUACAGCGUCAAACGGCGCGAAAGGAAAGCCAUUGAGUAUAUACUAUGGCUCAAAUAGUGGAACCUGUCAGUCAAUGGCUGAGCGUCUCGCAGCUGAUGCCUUUUCGCAUGGUUUUUCUGCCAGCGUGGUAGACGUCGUUGACAAUGCCACCGAGAAGCUCCCAAAGGACCAGCCGGUAGUUAUUGUUACAGCCUCGUAUGAAGGACAGCCACCGGACAAUGCCGGCCAGUUUGUGCGCUGGCUCGAGGGUCUCGAGGACAAUGACGCCCUACAGGGUGUAUCGUAUGCCGUCUUUGGCUGUGGACACCACGACUGGGCCGCCACAUUCCACCGCAUCCCUAGACUGGUGGAUUCUUCCAUAGCUAAGCAUGGAGGCUCUCAUGUUGCUGCUCUGGGUCUGACCGACGUUGCGCAAGGAAAUGAGAUGACAGACUUUGAAGCCUGGGAAGAUGAGGUCUUCUGGCCAGCGAUGAAGCAGAAAUACGGUGCUGCAGCCCCUGAAGGCCCUUCGCUGAGCGUCGCAGUAACCAAUCCUCGCAAAUCAAUCCUCCACCAGGACGUGAGGGAGAGCAGUGUGGUAGCUACUUCGACAUUAACUGCAGACGAUGCUGAAGUCAGGAAACGACACAUUGAGAUCGAGCUGCCUUCGGACAUGGCGUACAAGGCAGGGGACUAUCUUGCAGUGCUGCCAGUCAACCCCCCUGAACAAGUCCACCGAGUGCUCCGACAUUUCCAUCUCCCAUGGGAUGCACACCUUACGAUCUCAGCCAAGGCACUCACUUUCCUUCCGAACAGUGGCCCUGUCCCUGCAGUUGAUGUAUUCGGAUCCUAUGUGGAGCUGGGCCAGCCUGCCACUAAACGAAACAUCCUGAGUUUGAUCGAUGCAGCUAAUGAGCCAGCUACCAAAGACAAGCUGGACACUCUUGUUGCCGAUGGCUAUUACACCGCUGAGGUCCUCGCCAACCGUAUCUCGGUCCUGGAUCUGCUAGAGAGUAACCCCGACAUCGAUCUUCCGAUAUCAGACUUCCUUCGCAUGCUACCCCCUAUGCGUGUCCGACAGUACAGCAUAGGAUCAUCUCCUGUCUGUAGCCCACGUCGUGUUGUGCUGACAUACUCGGUCUUGGAUGAACCACGUUCUGGAGCUGACGGAAAACGCCAUGUUGGAGUGACAACUAGCUACCUAUCUACCCUGCAAGCAGGAGAUGUUGUACAUGCCGCUGUUCGACCAUCGCAUACAGCCUUUCAUCUCCCUGCCGAUGCGCAAAACACUCCCAUUAUUAUGAUUGCGGCUGGUACUGGUAUUGCUCCUUUCAGAGGGUUUAUUCAGGAGCGGGCGGCGAUGCAUGAUUCUGGGCGGAUUAUUGCACCCGCGAUACUAUACUUUGGCUGCCGUGAGCCAGGAAAAGACGAUUUAUACAGGAGGGAGUUGGAUCAGUGGGAGGCCAGGGGAGUGGUGUCUGUUCGAAGGGCAUAUAGCCGGCAGGUGGAGGCCAGUGAAGGGUGUCGGUAUGUUCAUGACAGACUUUGGAAGGAUAGAGCUAGAUUUCUGGACUUAUGGGAGCAAGGCGCCCGUGUUUAUAUCUGCGGCAGUAGAGCUGUUGGCGACUCUGCGAAGGGAAUGCUGGUCGAUAUCUUGUUGGACGCGAAGAGGAAUCAGAGCGAGGAUACAACGAGGGAGACGGUCAGCACUUGGUUUGAAGGUUUGAAGAAUACUAGAUAUGCGGUGGAUGUAUUUGAUUAGGC